AAAGAAGGAAAAGCGCCCGAAGACUACAAGUUCUGGAACACACAGCCAGUGCCCAAGUUCAAGGAGCCCAAUCUCCUGCAAACCACAAACGGCAGCUCGGGUGAAGCUCUACCCGAAGGUCCCAUCCUACCCAACGAGGUCUGCAAAGCCAGCGCAAAACAAGAGCCAGAGAAGCUCGUCGACGGCUUCGAGUGGUGUCUAAUCGACUUGGAUGACAAGGAGGAGCUGCAGGAGUUCUACGACCUGCUGUACAACCACUAUGUCGAGGACACGGAUGGCUCCUUCCGCUUCAACUACUCCACACAGUUCCUGGCCUGGGCACUGAAACCACCCGGCUGGAAGAAAGAAUGGCACGUAGGCGUCCGCACUGCCACUAAGGAUGGCAAGAAGGGUAAGCUCGUUGCAUCUAUUGCUGGCAUUCCAGUCACUCUGCGCGUGCGAGGAGAGAAGGUCAACGCAAGCGAGAUCAAUUUCCUCGCUAUCCACCGCAAGCUACGCAACAAGCGACUUGCCCCUGUUCUGAUCAAGGAGAUUACGCGAAGAUGCUACAUUAACGACAUCUUUCAAGCACUCUACACUGCCGGUACACUUCUUCCCACACCAGUCAGCACAUGCCGAUACUUUCACCGCUCGCUCGAUUGGGAGCAUCUCUUCCACACCGGCUUCAGUCACAUGCCAGCAGGAUCAUCGGCAUUACGACAAAAGUACAGGUACAAGCUGGAGUCGCACACGCAGCUUAAGGGUCUGCGGCCGAUGAAGCCGGCAGACAUUCCAGCCGUGAAAGAUCUGCUGACUCGGUACACCGAACGCUUCGACCUGCGACAAGAAUUCACCGAAGAGGAAAUUUCCCACUACAUCUGCUCUGACACGACCAAGGACGUGGUGUGGAGUUACGUGGUAGAAGAGAACGGCAAGAUCACUGAUUUCGUCUCUUACUACCUUCUCGAGUCCACAGUCCUCCGCUCGUCGAAGCGUGAAACGAUCCGCGCCGCCUACCUCUACUACUACGCCACCGAGUCUGCCUUCCAGGUGCCCAGUAAGGCUAAAGUCAAAGCUCAAGCACUUCAAGAAACGCUCAAAGCUCGCCUCGACCUCCUCAUUCACGAUGCCCUCAUUCUCGCGAAGAAAGACGACUUCCAUGUCUUCAACGCCCUCACUCUACUCGACAAUCCGCUCUUCCUCAAAGACCAGAAAUUCGAGCCAGGAGAUGGAAAGCUGCAUUACUACCUCUUCAAUUGGCGAACUCCCGUCCUGCCUGGUGGAAUCGAUGCAAACAAAAACGUCGAUCCCACCAAGAUGGGCGGCGUUGGUGUUGUCAUGCUGUAA